UGUGCACCUCUUCGUCCUCGGUUAUCGCAUCCCCGCUGCUCGUCUUCACAAGUUCUCCUCAACCCGAAACGAAGCCUCUUCUACGUUGACAUGGAGCGCACAUUCAUCGCCGUGAAGCCUGAUGGCGUCCAGAGAGGACUCUGCGGUGAGAUCAUGAAGCGAUUCGAGCACAGAGGCUUCAAGCUGGUGGCCGCCAAAUUCAUGCAGUCCUCUGAGGACCACAUGAAGCAGCACUACCUGGACUUGAAGGACAUGCCCUUCUAUGGUGGACUCUGCAAGUACAUGUCCUCCGGACCCGUGUUCGCCAUGGUAACACACACACACACACACACACACACACACACACACACACAAGUAUGUACACAAUAAAUACACACAGUUAUC